CAUACAUUAGGGUGUUUCGUAAGAUUUUAUUAUAUCUGUAGCCCAGAACUUAUCACUGUUAAGAUUAAAGAUCUCUACAUUAAUCACUAUAGCUUUAUUUAGUAGUUGUUCCAGGAAAUUUUUACCUUCAAGACAGACUGUAAAUCAGGACAGACCUUCACUGUGAACUUAGGAACUUCCUGAAAAUCCAUUUAUCUCAAGGGUUGGUUGCUUACUCAAAAGGACUUCCUUCUCCAACAGUGAGAGUCUGGAACUCACCUGGCCAAAUCCCUAACUCCCUGUUCUUAUGAAAAACCAACAUAGCUGGGGAUAGAGUUCAGGCCUGGAUUCAAUCCCCAACAACCCAAAAGGGAGUGGGAAAUCUGACUUCCAUUUCUUUACCUUGUUGGUCUUAAACUAUUAACAACCAGAGCUCCAUCUUGAAAAGGUCACCUUAAACCACUCCAUCUUGCAGAGGUCUCUAACACUCACCUUUUCCUUUUUCUUGGAGUUACUGAUCAGAUCGUGUCAGAGCACUAUUACACUUGCCUCCAUUGAGAAGCUUGACUUAGUGGACCCAUCACUGUGGUCUUCUGUUCUGUGGAGUAAGGAUGUGGUGGCCAUGGUGCUGGGGGAUUACAGCCAAUGGAAGCAGGAAGUGCUGGUUGUCUAUGCUGAGAACACUCUCAGGUGUGCAUGCGCGUGUAGGUCAAGAGAACAACUUUCGGGAGAGUUGGUUCUCUCCUUCCACUGUGGGUUCUGGAAUGAACUCAGGUGUUACCCACUGAGCUAUCUUGCCAGGCUGCAAUUUCUAUUUUUUUUUUUAAAUUAUCUUUUAGUUUUGACGAUUUCUUUAUUUUCUAUUUAUAUAAAUACACUGUCACUGUCUUCACACACACAUCCGAUCCCAUUACAGAUGGUUGUAAGCCACCAUAUGGUUGCUGAGAAUUGAAUUCAGGACCUCUGGCAGAGCAGUCAGUGCUCUUAACUACUGAGCCAUCUCCCCAGACCUGAAAAUUGUAUUUCAAGGUCUAAAACCAGACAUGCUGGUGUCACUCACUAGACUAAUCUAGAAACCCAGGAAGAAGGAAAGAAACAGAAGGAAUGCAGAACAAAAUGAAGCUGGUGAGAACUGAAGGAAUUCCUUGUCUGUCUUCAUGUAGAAUCAACACAGGCCCCAGUGGGAACAUUGUAUGAGUCAACCCAGCUGUGUAAUCCAUCUAUCCUGUUAUAAUUCAAAUGGCCUCCUUCUCAUUACUGACUUGAGACUGUGCCCUCCUAGUUUGAACUCUUUGAGUCUAAAGUUUUUUUGUUGCUAUUUAUUUUUGAACGGGAUCACACUGGGGCCUGAACCAGUCACAAUCCUCUUGCCUGUUAUUAUACUCAGUAAUAAGAUUCAUAGCCUAUUUACAAAGCAAUCUCCAAUGGCCCUAGGUCCAAUUUGCCAUUGUGCUCUUAAAUUUUUUUUUCCUUUUAUUGAACGUACAUUUUGGGGGCUGGAGAGACUGCUUAGCGGUUAAGAGCACUGACUGCUCUUCCAAAGGUCCUGAGUUCAAAUCCCAGCAAUCACAUGGUGGUUCACAACCACCUGUAAUGAGAUCUGACACCCUCUUCUGGCGCAUCUGAAGACAGCUACAGUGUACUUACAUAUAAUAAAUAAAUCAAUCUUUAAAAAAAAAAGAAAGAAAGAAAGUACAUUUUGGGGGUUGGAGAGAUGGUUCAGUGGUUAAGGGCACUGGCUGCUCUUCCAGAGGUCUUAGGUUUGAUUCUCAGCACCCACUUGGUGGCUCACAAGUUCUAGGGGAUAUAGGCAUAACACCAUAUACAUAAAAUAAAAUUCCCCUCCUCACAUAUUAUAUCCUGAUUACAGUUUCUCCUCCCCCUAGUCCUCCCCACCUCUCAUCCCAUCUGGAUCCACACCUUUCCUGUCAAUAUGAAACAGGCUUCUAAAGGAUAAUUAAAAUAGAACUAAUACAUCAGAAUCAGAGAAAACAGACGGAAGGGGAAGAGCCCAAGAGAGAGUGUAAGAAUCAAAGCCUCAUGUUGGCACACUUGGGAAUGCCAUAAAAACACUAAACUGGAAGCCAUAAUAUAUACACAAAGGAACUUUAGGGUAAAAGGAGGUUAAAAAAAAAAAAAAGGCAGGACUCUGACAUGACAUUUCAAGAGCAGGAACCUCUAAGGUUGUAUUGGCCAUCCACUGCUGGCCAUUCAGUCUACCAUCGCAAAUGUUUUUCAAGUGAGCCUUCCCUGGAGAGAGAAUUUACUUUUUCAAGUGGUUAUCAGUUGGAGAUAGUGGCUGGAUUAAGGAUGGGGAUAGCUGUCUACUUCUUUGGGCUCUAGGAGCUUAUCGGUGAAGAUCCACACAGGCUCUGUGCAUGCUGCCUCAGUUCACUGAGUUCACAUAUUUAUCGAUCUUUUUUGCUUUGGAGGGCCUUGUUUUCUCCGUGCCCUUCAUCCCUUUUGCUCUUACUCUUUCUGCCUCUGCUCCUUUGGGGUUCCCUAAGGGGAGGGUUUCAUAUUCACCCAUUUAGGGCUCACUGUUCCAAGGUCUUGGACGCUCCUCUGUAUACUUUUUUUUUCUUUUGUUUUUUUCAAUCAGGGUUUCUCUGUGCAGUCCUGGAACUCACUCUGUAGACCAGGCUGGCCUUGAACUCAGAGAUCCAUCUGCCACUGCCUCCCUAGUGCUGUGGUUAAAAGUGUCCGAAGUCCAAACUCCAAACCUUCACACUUUAGUCACUAUCUCCUCAGGAAAUUCUUCUCCACACUGCAGAACGUGGUUCUGUAGCACUCUAUACAGACAUUCCUAUCAUGGCACCAGACAUCAGAUAGUCUCUGUACAGGACAUGUAUCCCAGGGCUGAGUUUGUUUAGGACAAAUUCAGUAACUUACACAUACUUGGAACUUAAGCUAAACUGAAGAGCGACUGGGGGUAUUGAUGGUUGAGGACUUGCCAAGUUGGGAAUCUUGUCAGUGGGAAGGCCCUCCAUUCCUGAACUCUAAGUUACCAGAGCUGAGUCAUGGAGUGGCAGGGAAGUCACUGUGAGGCCAACGUUAAGUCAUAACUGUAACACGUGUAGGCAUUGACAGGGAGAACAGUGAGUGGGGGGCAGGUCUAGGGAACUCUCCACGCGGGUGUGGGGCAGGAACAGGCACUAGGGAGCAGACCCCACUUUUAAGCUUCCCGCAGGACCUGUUAGGAAGAGAAGAUGCUUAGUAACUAGUUAGCUAAGAACCAAACGCCCUGUUACCCCCAAGGGACACAAGGCCACCGGGCCUCGCAGCGUCAACCGCCCCUUUUAAGUCAUUUCAGUCUUCUGAGCACCAUCUUUUAGACCUGCACAGUCUGAUAAGCCACUGUCAUCGUGACCAGCCUCAGAUCCACAGGACAGGGACCGUCCCAGCCGAAGGAGAUGACCCGCGCCGUCUGAGCAAUCGCAUCCGGGCCCGCGCCCCAGCCUCAGGGCACAGCAUCCUCCCUCCAUUCCUCCCAGCCCGAGGCCUCCGGGGCGAGCUCGCGGAAGGCACGGCCGGAAGGGGCGGGCACUGCGCCCAGCGAGCCCUCCGCGCCAUGGCUUCUCGUGGCGUCGUGGGCCUUUUCUUGCUCUCUGCUCUCCCUCUCUUGUGUCUGGAGCUCCGGCGCGGGAUCCCGAGUCUCGGCAUUAAAGAUCUCAUUUUGCUGAGUGGCCGGAUAUUCCUACUGCUGGCCCUGCUUACCUUAGUCAUUUCCGUGACCACCUCCUGGUUUAACUCACUGAAACCUUCGCAAGGUCAUCUGAAAGAAGGAGAAAAAGAGAAUGAGAAAAGACGGAGACUCGUGAGGGAAAGGCAACAGGAAGCCCAGGGUGAGAAGGCCAGCAGAUAUAUAGAGAAUGUUUUAAAGCCUCAGCAGGAAAUGAAGUUGAAAAAACUGGAGGAGCGGUUUUAUCAGAUGACAGGGGAGACCUGGAAGCUGACCGCUGGCCACCGACUCCUAGAGGUUCCUGAUUUACCUGAAGAACCAUCAGAAACAGCUGAAGAGGUAGUUACUGUUGCCCUUCGAUGCCCAAAUGGACGUGUUCUGAGGAGAAGAUUUUUCAAGUCGUGGAAUUCACAGGUCUUACUUGACUGGAUGAUGAAAGUUGGGUACCACAAAUCCCUAUAUAGACUUUCCAAUUCCUUUCCCAGAAGGGCCCUGGAAGUGGAGGGAGGCUCGUCACUGGAGGACAUAGGAAUAACUGUGGACACUGUACUUAACGUGGAAGAGAAAGAGCAGAGCAGCCAGUAGAGAGGCUGGAAGCACCUGCUGCCCUUCCACAGGGCGGUGUUCAUUCAAGCCCCAUGCACCUGGAGCUCCUCUCGUCCACAGGUGUACCCCGCCCACACCCCGCCCACACCCCAUGGAUGAGGACCGCUUUGCACUGAUGGUCUGUGGCCUGUCAUUAUAAUGUGAAAGGAGGUAAAAAGAGUAAGACAGACCUGGAUGCAAGCCUCAGCCGGGCAUGGUGGGACACGCCUCAACUCCCACAAUUUUUGAGUUAAUUAGACCAUCUUCAAACCAAACCAAACCCUAGCUCAUAUAAGAACUGGUUCCUGCUUGCGUCUACCUUACCAUAAAGUAUUUCACAAUUCAGUCAGAAUCUAAGGAGGAUGAAGGGACAUUCUAUUGUAUUUCUAAAAACUUAAAGAACUCCCAGAGCCAACUGAUCCUGUAUAGUUUUGACUUAGAUCUGGGGAUGGAGGUCUGGUCCAUGAACCUUGGGGAACAUAGUGAAACCACAGUAAACAAGGCCAUUGUUGUUAAGUGCA